AUGAGUUUGACAUCAGAUUUGUUGCAAGAUCUUAGUGAAAGUGAGGAUGAUAUUGUUGAAAACAAUACAGCGCCAGGGAAGAUAGAUGACCAUGGAGAUACCAGAACUAAAUUACUGCAGAUAAUAGAAAAAUCAAAUCAUCCUGCUUUAGAUGAGGAGCCUCUGGUCGAUAAGCUAUUAGCUAUUGAACCAGAGUUCCGGAUAUGGAUGGAUAAGAAUGGGUUUGCGGACCUUGAUCUUCUUAAUCAGUUACAGCCAGUAAUUCUUAAAGAGGCACAAGUGAUAUACAACAACAUUACAUUUACUUAUGCGGACAAGUUUUCAGAGCUAUCUACCAUUAUCUCCGAUAGAAAUCAGUAUAUUCGUGUACUGCAGGAGCUAGAAAAAAAUCCGAAGGCUCCAAACCUUGAUUUGAUUUUAUCGAAAGAACAAUGUUUGCUUGUUUCAAUGGCUAUGAAAACAGGGUUCCGGGCGGAUCAAAAAAUUGAUAUUAGUUAUACAUAUGGUAUUAUUGAUAAACAUCUUAUUUUGGACAAAUUGCAUGAAGAUAUUGUGUCAUUCAUAUCUAAACAGAUACGUAAUGUCGCUCCAAAUGUAUGCGCGCUGGUUGGUGAACAUAUAGCAGCAAAGCUGUUAGCGAGUACAGGCGGAAUUAAAGGCUUAAGUGAAGUACCUAGUUGCAAUCUGGCGUCUAUUGGGAAACCCAAAUACCUUUCGCACCUUCAACAGGUUGACGCAUCUCGAGUUCGCCAACAAGGCCACAUCUUCAGCUCCCCAUUGGUACAAGAUCAGGUUCUUUCCUUUCAAAAGCAAGCCGUUCGCAUGUUAUGCGCUAAGGUAUCAUUAGCAGCUCGGGUUGACUAUAGUCAAAGAGGCGAAGUGGGCGAUGACAGCCUUGGGCGUAAGUGGCAAGAAGAGAUCCUGGAAAAGCUUCUGAAGCUCCAAGAUCCCCCAAAUACCUCAAAAAUAAAACCUUUACCUGUACCACAAGAGAAUGUAAAGAAGAAGCGCGCAGGACGCAGAUUCAGGAAGUACAAAGAAAAGUUCCAACUUUCUCAUCUUCGGCAGUUGCAGAACCGUGUCGAAUUUGGUGCUAAAGAACAGGUCAAGUUGGACGCUUUUGGCGAAGAGAUUGGCUUGGGUAUGGCAAUAGGAACUGUUGUAACUUCGGCCGUUUCCUCUGGAAACACCGCAAAGGUGAGAAAGCAAAUGAAACAGAGGGUAGAAAAAGCCCGGCAGGAUACUGGCGUGUUUUGGGAUCUAUAUGCAGGGCCUAAUCUAGGCCAGCAGUCUAGAGAAGCCCCUAAUAAAAACAACAGCGACGUCAAUUCACCCAAGGAUGUGAAAAAUGCUUUAACUGACAGCAAUUGGUACUUUCGUCAUCUAAAAUAG